AUGGAACACGAGGACUUAGAUGCCAGGUCCAAAAUCCUCCAGGCCACACUUGCUGAGAUCCAUGGCAGUGCUGAUGAUGCGGAAGAGAGCUGUUGUGUGAUAUGCCUCGAGCGCAUCUCCGAGCAGGCUAUCGCCCAACCUUGCAAGCAUGACAAUUUCGACUUCCUAUGCCUGAUCAGCUGGCUCCAGGAACAGCCCUCCUGUCCUCUCUGCAAGGCCGACAUCAAGACUGUCCAGUACGGAUCUGCGAGCGGCGAAGCGCACAAGACUUAUGUUGUUCCUGUCCCUACAAAAGCCGCAGAUCCUCCGAGCGCGCCGAAUCCUCGCAACUUCGACCCUCGAGCAAGAAGGCCCUACCGUCCAAGGCGCCCCUUCAUCCCACGAACCCCUCCCACGCCUGACGAGGCCCUCCUACGCCGCCGUCACAUCUACCGCAAUCAGCUCUACUCUCUGCACGUGGGGAGCAACCGGGUCUCACGAUUCCGGGACCUCACGCCGGAGCUGUUCAGCCGCGAUGCAGAGCUGGUAUCGCGGGCGCGCAAAUGGAUCCGGCGAGAACUACAAGUCUUCGAGUUCCUGAACCCCGACCACGCAUCGGGCUCGGACCGGCGAGCCAACAAUGCCGAGUUCCUGCUGGAGUAUAUCGUGGCGAUUCUGAAGACGGUGGAUAUGCAGGGCGCGGGCGGGCAGGCCGAGGACAUGCUGCAGGAGUUCCUGGGGAGGGAGAACACGCGGCUCUUCUUGCAUGAGUUGAGGGCCUGGCUGAGGAGCCCGUAUACUUCUCUGGAGGAUUGGGAUCGCCAUGUGCAGUACAAUGAGGCCGUUGGAAAAGGUCGAGAUGGGUCUUCGUCUGGACAGGAAGACAGGAGAGGUGGCAACGCCCACCGUAGCAGAUUUCGGGGUGAUGGACGUUCUUCCCAGUAUACUCCUCGAGGAGAGCGCCGUUACUUCCCAUAUCAUCCAAGACAGCCCAGAUCGGACGGUUAA